AUAAACAUUGGGCUGCACAUAGAGGCUUAAUUUUAGAUUUAGACAAAAUGGAAAUUAUUUCAUCAAAACUAUUGGUUUUAUUGACUUUAGCCACUUCAAGCUUGUUAACAUCAAACAUUUUUUGUGCAGAUGAAUUAAUGAUGUCCAAUCUUCACAGCAAAGAAAAUUAUGACAAAUAUUCUGAGCCUAGAGGAUACCCAAAAGGGGAAAGAAGUCUCAAUUUUGAGGAAUUAAAAGAUUGGGGACCAAAAAAUGUCAUUAAGAUGAGUACACCUGCAGUCAACAAAAUGCCACACUCAGUCGCCAACUUGCCAUUGAGAUUUGGGAGGAACAUUCAAGAAGAAAGAAGUGCUGGAGCAACAGCCAACCUGCCUCUGAGAUCUGGAAGAAAUAUGGAGGUGAGCCUUGUGAGACGUGUUCCUAACCUGCCCCAAAGGUUUGGGAGAAUGACAGCAGCCAAAAGUGUCUGCAGGACGCUGAGUGAUUUGUGUCAAGGAUCCAUGCAUUCACCAUGUGCCAAUGACUUAUUUUACUCCAUGACCUGCCAGCACCAAGAAAUCCAGAAUCCCGAUCAAAAACAGUCAAGGAGACUGGUAUUCAAGAAAAUAGAUGAUGCGGAAUUGAAACAAGAAAAAUAAGAAACCUGGAGCCUGUCCCUAAAGCUGUGGCCUGUAAUCUACAAAUGGCUCUAUAGCGAAGACCACAAGGAAGAGUAGCUACAUACACUUCAUCAGCUAUGGAUCAUCAACGGCAAUUUUUCCGUGUCAGUACAGCUAUAAUAGUAUCUUGAAAGUUGUAAAAAAAUUAAAGCAUAUUUGUUAUGUAAAGUUAAAAUGAUUUUUGUCUGAAUAAAGAAAAGCAUUGCAAAUGCUUUAGAAAUCUCUGGUAAUGGAGAGAGAGAGAGAGCGAGACAGAGGACCCUCCUAACUACCCUAUAUAAAAAUCAUUGACACAGUUACACUUAAUUAAAAAAAAUUAAACAGAAGAGCACCCUGAAAAACAUUAUGAUGGAAAUUAAAUAAUUUGCCAGAAUAACGUGGUUGACAAAUAAGUGAACGAGGAUUACAAAUCACUUACAAACAUGUUUCUGUACACGCUUUCUAUCGUGUCAAAUGUUAAUGAAUCUGUGAUCAAUUGAAAUGUAAAUGUCUGUGUAAUACUACAAAAUAAAAACUCUUCGACUUUAGGGAGAAAAGAAAA